GGAACGACGUGUCCUGGCACAACGACCAGGUGGUUUCGCCCAACAUGCAGCAGCUCGUGGACACGGGCGUCCAGCUGGAGCAGAGUUACGUGCAGCCUCUGUGCACGCCGUCCCGCUCCGCCUUCCUGACGGGGCUCUACCCCUUCCGGCUCGGGCGCCAGGGGCGACCUUUAGGCAGCCAUACACCCACUGGUCUCGCGGUCCACCACACGCUGCUGCCGGAGCGCCUCUCGCGCCUCGGCUACUCCACGCACAUGAUCGGAAGUGAGUUGAGGUCGAAAUCUGAUCUCGUUUUUGGCCAGUUCCACGGAGAGUAGAAAAAUAG